AAACACAAAUCAAACCAACCCUCAAUCUUUUCUUUUCUUUUUCUAUUCUCUCAUGACCUACCCAAUCAAAAAAAAAAAAAUUCUCGCCUGGGUUACGGAACGUGUUAAUCGAAUUCAACUAGGGUUCCGAAAAACACAUGCAGCGAAAGAUACUAUCAGAAAUUCAUGGCCUCAAGGUACUGAAUAGUCGUAUUAACCUAGGUUUUCAUUUUUUCACUGGAAGAACCCUAACCCUACGGCUGGAAGAAGAAGAUGAUCCUGUAUAUGCAGAUGUGCCGAAGCCUUGUAGGACGAAAUCCGAGAGGAAACCGUACCCGACGCCCAUGAAAGUUUUGAUUCGGAGGGCGAAGGAGGAGAGAGAAGCACGAAAGGCUCAGCCAUGUCGAAUGCUUGAAGAACCCCCCGAUAAUGGCCUACUCGUUCCCCAACUCGUUGAGUUGGCUCACCGCGUCUACCGGGCUCGAGAAUCGGUCUUGUUUGGCAUAUCAAAGCUCGUCCCUGUCACACGAGUCCAACGAUGCAGGCACUGCUUUGAGAUUCACAUUGGUUAUGUGGGUCAUGAAAUCCGGACGUGCACUGGCCCAAAAAGUGGUUUCAGAUGUGCCACUCACGUAUGGCGUAAUGGGGGAGUCCAAGAUGUUAUUUACUUUCCCAAUUGCUUCCAUCUCUAUGACCGUGUUGGAAAACCAAGAAUUGGGCACGAUGAAAGACAUUCUGUCCAACGAAUCCCCGCUAUUGUAGAGCUAUGUAUACAAGCUGGUCUAGACCUUGAAAAGUACCCUGUAAAGAGAAGGACAAAACCUGUUUAUUGUAUAGAAGGUAGAAUUGUAGAUUUUGAGUCGGAGACAGAGUAUUGCAAAUCUCAAUUAGAAAUUAAUUCGGGGACAAAGAAUGAGCAAGUGGCUGUCCAAGAGGACGGGAAGGAUCUGAGGGAGUUGAGCAUUGUGACAUUAAAUUCCUGGUUUGAGAUGAGAUCAGGUGUGAUGAAGAUCAUGGAGAAGUAUAGUGUUCAGACUUGUGGAUACUGUCCUGAGGUUCAGGUGGGCCCCAAGGGACAUAAGGUGAGAAUGUGUAAGGCAUCCAAGCAUCAGUCUCGCAAUGGUUUGCACGCAUGGCAAGAAGCGACAGUUGAUGAUGUUGUGGGUCCCAACUAUGUGUGGCACGUGCAUGAUCUACACAGGCCUGCACUGGACAAUAACCUGAAACGGUAUUAUGGCAAGGCUCCAGCUGUGGUGGAGCUGUGUGUGCAAGGAGGGGCACCUGUUCCUGAUCAAUAUAGGAGUAUGAUGAGGGUAGAUGUGGUUCCUCCUGAUCGCGAUGAAGUUGAUCUUGUUGCUUGAUAACUGACUCUUGUGGAUCAACCAGAGGUCUGUGGGCAUCUGAGCCAUUUCCCUUGUAUUGGUUUGGAAUCUAUUUGUUGUAUUGACAUAGAUUGCUUUGUUCAUCAAACCAUAUAGGGACUUCUUCAGUGAUUGCUUUGGACUUUAAAUGAGUGAACAAUGUCUAGAAUCUGUAAAUGAGCUGAGAUUUAUGAGUGGCAACAAGGCUUGUGCAAGAGGAAGGUGUUGGCUCGGCUUAUCUUAUUGGUAUUACAGGAUGAUUCAUCGAUUCGGAAGAUCAAACAUUCAAAGAAAAUCAAGAAUGGUAUGUUCUUUUGAAAACCUUUAUACUUGGGCAUAUUCUGGUAUUGGAGUUUCACGCGUUGCUUUGAUGCUGAGACGUGGGAGUUUAAUAUAAUGCUUUAUUCUGAAUUGGAACAUGUAUGUGAUUUAUUUUUAUUUUUUCAUUUCUGGGUAAGAACUUUAUUUAAAGCUCAUGUUUUAUGUAUAUGUACAUUAUUUUUUUUUUACAAGAUAUAGAGUUUAAUCAUAUUUUGUUGGGUUUC